AUGCAGGCGCAAAUCCAACCUUCACUUGAGGAGGUGACCUCUAUCCUUGGCAAAUCGAAAUCAGCUCAAUAUCCUCCGAACCUCGUUCCGUUAAGCGCUCAAAUCGCUGCCGACCUUUUUACACCGACGCAAGCAUACCUCAAGGUUUCACAGAAUUCGAAAUUGUCCUUUCUGUACGAGAGCGCAGCCACGACUGGAACAAUUGGACGAUAUAGCUUUGUGGGAGCAAAUCCUCUCAAAGUGAUCAAGUCGGGCCCUGGCCAUGGCCCAGAAGAAGAUCCCCUUCCGAGACUCGAGCAAGAACUCUCUCAGUAUCGAGUUGCAACGGUUCCUUCACUUAGAUUGCCACCUUUGACGGGUGGUGUGAUAGGCUAUGUUGGCUAUGAUUGCGUGCGAUAUUUCGAGCCGAAAACCGCUCGUCCUAUGAAGGAUGUACUCAAGCUACCUGAGAGUUUCUUCAUGCUCUACGACACGAUUGUGGCGUUUGACCACUUCUUCAACGUCUGCAAAGUGAUCACGUACCUAAGAGUACCAACCACGGAUUCGGUCCAAGAUCUCGCCGAGGCUUACGCCAAAGCCUCUGAGACAAUUCAGAAGACUAUAUCAGUACUUCAGGCCGAGCAUAUACCACUUCCCCAUCAGCCACCCAUCGCUCGAAAUCAGCCGUCAAAGUCCAAUGUCGGCCAGACAGGAUACGAAGCACAUGUCACAAAUCUCAAGAAACAUGUCUCGGUCGGCGACAUUAUCCAGGCCGUGCCAUCCCACCGAAUAUCUCGGCCCACGACCCUGCACCCUUUCAAUAUAUACCGCCAUUUACGGACCGUAAAUCCAUCCCCUUAUCUAUUCUACAUUGACUGCGAGGAUUUCAGUAUCGUCGGAGCAUCACCAGAGCUAUUGGUGAAGGAAGAAGCAGGUCGUAUCAUUACUCAUCCGAUCGCAGGAACGGUCAAGAGAGGUCGGGAUCCCGAGGAAGAUGACGCCCUUGCCGAUGAAUUGAGGAACAGUCUCAAGGACAGGGCUGAACAUGUCAUGCUUGUUGACUUGGCCAGAAACGAUGUGAAUCGUGUAUGCGACCCACUGUCUACCAGAGUCGACCGACUCAUGGUGGUAGAGAGAUUUAGUCACGUCCAGCACCUUGUCAGUCAGGUUUCUGGAGUUCUAAGACCAGGCGAAGAUCGAUUUUCGGCGUUCCGCAGCAUUUUCCCGGCUGGGACGGUUUCCGGCGCACCAAAAGUACGAGCCAUGGAGCUCAUCGCGGAAUUGGAAGGCGAAAAGAGAGGCGUCUAUGCUGGCGCCGUUGGCUACUUUGGGUUCUCACGGGUUUCGUCAGAUGGCUCCACAAUCGAGGAUGAAGGUGCUAUGGACACUUGCAUUGCCCUACGGACGAUGGUGGUCAAGGAUGGCGUUGCAUAUCUACAAGCUGGAGGUGGGAUUGUUUUUGAUAGUGUUGAGGAGGACGAAUGGAUCGAGACUAUGAACAAACUGGGUGCAAAUAUUAGAACCAUUGAAGAAGCAGAAAAGAAGUAUCUUGCACUGGAGCAGGCUGGCAAUGGUCAUGCCAAUGGUAUUUCCAAAUAG